AUGGCGGGAUGCCAGCUGGAUGAAGUAAUUGACCUCGUCAAAAGGGAUGCUAUUCCAAAUGAGGCGUGGAUUCCAGUACAGGAUUGUCCAAAGGCAACAUUUGAUUGUGAAGAAGAAGAAGAUGAAGCCAAGACCACGCUUGGCGAAGAACAUGAAAAUAACGAACAUUAUCUGCAUUGCGGAGCAGUAGUUGCUGGGGCAAGGGCGACUGUCUGGGCGAAGAUAGUUCGCAAAAAGAAGCUCAUUUGCAUCACAGGUUCACUGGUGCUCUUGGCAGCCUAUGCCGUAUAUUUAGGAUUCUGCAUGAGGUUUUCUUUCGGAGAUGAAGGAUCUCUGCGACUGCUGCUUGGAACAGUCUUUUUGCUUUUUAUCUAUACGAAAAUAAAGUUUGGAGCUCAGGCGCGAAAUGCUCUCCUUCCAAAGAUAAAGAGGAUAAAAAAUUUGGCAUCGAUAAGCAGAAUAAUACGAUGGUUCCUGUAUGUAGCCCUGGUGGUGUUCAUCGCCGUCUACUUGACAACCAGCAACCUCACCGCUGACAACUUCGUGUCCCUAGCUGGUCUCAUAUUCUUCAUUCUAUUAGGAUAUCUGAUAUCGGAACAUCCAGCCAGGGUGAAUUGGCAUUCAGUGUUCUGGGGAAUCGGUACUCAGUUUUUGUUUGCCUUACUGAUACUGAGAACCAAUUUUGGCUAUGAAAUCUUCCGAUGGCUUGGAGAGAGGAUAGAAGAAUCCCUGGAGCAUACAGACAAAGGCUCGGAAUUUGUUUUUGGAAAGAGUUACAGAGAUCACAUGUUUGCAUUUAGGGUAGGCGUGGUGCUCCUUCUCUGUGGUAAAAUGAACUAUUAG